GGCGGGAUUUUUUUGUCCCAAUCCAGGAAGUGGUUGAGCGUGUAUUCCCGAAAUGUAGUUAUUACCAAUACAUCUCAUUUAAAAACAAAGCUAUAGAUUUACCCCGAUAUAUUUUUCAAGCUGUAUGGAAAUUCUCUUAAUACUGUGUUAUAGCACUGACAGGUCAUGGAGUUUCCAGAAGGAUUUGACCAGCUGGAGCUGUUAGAAACCCACAGCCACAUGAUCCCUGUGAGGACGGAGAGCGGCUGGGACGAGGAAGAAGACAGUUACGAUGAGGAUGAUGAAGGACAGCACAGUGAGGAAUGGUAUCAAGAAGAGGAACUCAGACGAAAAGAUAAUCCUGUGGAGCUGAUGCUCUGGGCUGCUGAGAAGAACCGAUUGUCCACAGUGGAGCGUCUGGCUGCGUCCGAUCCGUCCCUCCUUAACUGCCGUGACGACGACGGUUACACGCCUCUCCACCGUGCGUCAUACAGCGGCCACGCCCUCGUCGUGUCCUUCCUUCUGGAUUCGGGCGCUGACCUACACGCCAGGACGUUGGACGGCUGGACGCCUCUGCACAGCGCCUCCUGCUGGGGACACGUCGCCAUCGCGUCAUGUCUCCUGCGCCGGGGGUCAGAGGUCAACGCCAUGACCAACGGUCAGCUUACACCUCUGCAGCUCGCAGCGGGAAACCCUGCAGCGCUGCAGACCCUCGAGCUUCUGCUGUCUCAGCGCAGCCUGCAGGCGGGACUGAGGAACAGCGCCGGGGAGACGGCGUACGACAUCGCGCUCAGGAAAACGGCCCACUUCGGCCUGUUCGAGAUCGCGGAGCCGUGCAACAACGUCUGCUGAGAUCCAGGUGUACGGUUUUUGGACAAAAUGUGCAGCAGGGAGAAAGCGCGAGAUCUCUGAAAGGUUCUGAAAUCCCCGGAAAUGUUUCUCUGACUGAAGAAUCAUUUUUAUCAAUGAAACUCGCUAUUACUAGAGAUGCAGCGAUACUGAUCCCGGUAUCAAUAAUCCCUGAAUAAUCCCUCACUUUUACUCAGAAACUGUAAUGAAAGUGAAGUACAAUAUUGCUGUGGGUCGUGUUUUCACACAGUCUCGUGACCUAAUGCAUGAUUUACGGAUGAUUUAUUUACAGGGGGAAAGGGACAGCGGAAUUCGUCUCGUCUCGUGUGUGGAACAGCAUCUAAACGUCAUGUUCUGAGCGACAAUAACACUAAUAACACUGAGAAAGUCACUUGGACAAUCAAUAAACAACAAACAGGAAGUGAG